CGCUUUCGUCGAGGGCAUCGCGCUCCAACGAGGAAACGAACGGUCGAGCAGUUAAAUGACAAGCGAUCAUGGCAACGCCCACCUGUGAUAAGAAAGCGAGGGUGAUCGUUCUAGGAGGAUGCGGUUUCAUCGGCCGCAACCUCGUGGAAUAUUUGCUGGACAACGAUCUGGUAUCCUACGUGCGGGUCGUGGACAAGGUACCGCCGCAGACGGCGUGGCUCAACGCGAAGCACCAACGGGUGUUCGAGCACCCUCUGCUCGAGUUCAAAAGCGCCAACUUGAUUAACAUAGUAUCCUGCCAAAACGCGUUUUCCUCUGACGAGCCUAUCGAUUAUGUGUUCAAUUGCGCCGGGGAAACAAAGAGUGGUCUCACAGAUCCAGUGUAUAAAGAGGGUAUUUACAAAUUGAGCCUAAACUGUGCCCAGCAAGCGGCCAAGAUUGGAGCCCUGCGUUAUGUGGAGAUAUCUUCUGGCAAUCUUAGCACCUCCGACAAGACUCCUCACAAGGAGGACGAUGCUGGAGAACCGUGGACGUUUGUUUCAAAAUACAAGUUACAAGUGGAACACGAAUUGAAGAAUAUACCAGAUUUGAAAUACACCAUACUCAGACCGGCCAUCGUGUACGGUUGCGGUGACAGAAACGGCCUAGCACCAAGAUUAGUAGUGGGCGCAGUUUACAAGCAUUUAGGUGAGAUGAUGAAGUUGCUCUGGGGACCGGAUCUUCAUAUGAAUACGGUUCACGUGAGGGAUGUUGCCAGAGCUAUCUGGCAUGUAGCUAACAGACCAGAAACAAUAGGCCAGACGUAUAAUCUCGUGGACGAGGGAGAUUCUACUCAAGGUUCUAUUAGUGCCAUAGUCUCGGAAUUGUUUAAUAUCAAUCAUGAUUACUGGGGCACUGCGCUGUCUACACUAGCUAAAACCGAUAUGAGCUCAGUUGUCGAAGAGGUAAACGACAAGCACAUGACCCCUUGGGCGGAAGUUUGUCGCAAAGAUGGGGUGGAGAACAGUCCUCUAUCUCCAUACAUAGAUCAAGAACUUCUGUACAAUAAGCACUUGUACUUACAGCCUGGAAAGCUGUCAAACACCACGGGAUUUACGUACCUGUAUCCUAAAUUAACGAAAGACGCUCUUACAGAGGUACUUAAUGAUUAUGUAAGCAUGAGGAUCUUCCCGCAUUCUUUGGUCCUGUGAACUUAGCAAUACCAACUGCCGAAUUUGAAUAUCGAUUCUCUUUUACACGAGGAUGCUACGAAUACCAGAAUACACACGGACGCCGAGCGUCAUUUCACCUUGUGCCUAGAAGGGUUCUAUACAAGUUAUAUAUAUUCUAUUAUACACGUUAUACAUCUUUACUUGACGUUUUAUACGUCAACAAAUAAUACUAAAUGAGUUUUAUAGAGAAGUGGAUAUGAAAUUCGAAUAUUUCGUAGGCGGCCUAUUGCCAAUGUGAUAAACUAGCAAUUAAUGUACUUAAUUUUAUCAUAGUUCUGGAAGCACAGGACUUUUUCGCACCUUAAAGAUGGCUAGUCAAACAGUGACGUUUAAGAAUGAUUCGAUACAAUGUUCUUAUACACAAAAAGACGCAGUCAUAUGUAUAGGGAUACCUAAAUUCAAGACGUUCGUAGUCUGAAUUAAUUUCCAUGAAUAUUUUAGAGGAUCAUUGAUUGAAAAGAACGCUUUUUAUAUACCAUUUUUUCAAGACUGUACCAAUAAAGUUGUUGGAGAUCUAUAUACUUCUAAUAUUGCUAGAGAUACAUAACAAGAGUUCUUUUUAUAUCUGCUACAUUCCAAGAUGUACAUCUUCCACGAUGCUGUGAAUCAAGUUGAAAAGUCUUUCUAUUGAACAAUUGUUAUACGCAUAAUUUUAUUGUCGAUAACUCGAAUAUGUACGCGCGACCUAAAGGAUUGUAUUAAAUUAAGUACAAACACUGUUGGAGGUGCGUUUAGAUAUUCCUAUAGAGAACAUUCCUUAUCGAUAUGUGAAUGAUUCUUCAUAUUGCUAGAUUUACUGCGCGUUUGCACGGUAUAUACUUAAUAUAAAACAAGAAAGAGUUAUUACAUUCUAUUGGCCUUGAACGGCUCAUAAAGAUAUUAGUAAAUAUUAAGUGUAUCACACUUUCGAUAUUCUGUUGUUACGUGGACGUUCCUGCAGAUUCUUUGAUAAUAAAGUUGCUCCAUUUACGAAA